UAACUUUUACUAAUGCACUGUUUUGGUGUUUGCUGACAACAAUGUCGAUGUUGUGUAAAGCCCAUCGUUGCUUGUUGUGUGUUCGACAAUAUUUGAUUACCUCUGCUGUUGCACCUUAUCAUUCAAAGCAAGGCGUGUAUGGGUACAAUCCUCGGCUCAAUGGGGCCAGCAGUAGUGACAGUGGAUCCAGCGAUUCUGAUCGUGAUGAUUGCCCUUACACUGCUGAAGUGCUGAACAAUCGACUAAAAUAUGCAAAUGUGGUCCAGCUGAUUGAUGCAUACAGACGGUUUGGUCAUUUAAAAGCUUCCUUGGAUCCACUCGGUCUACAGAGAUUAAGGAGUUUGCCAGAGUUGAAUUUCAAACAGUAUGGCCUCACAGAAAAAGACGGCAGCAAGAUAUGGACGAAUGGGCUGGUGGCUGGUGAAAACCAACAGACUUCAGUGUCUGAGCUCAUCCAGCAGUUGGAGAAACUCUACUGUGGAAGUAUAGCUGCAGAGUUUGAACAUUUACCAACUCAAGAAGAACGCCUGUGGUUUGCUGAAAAAUUUGAAACCAGAGAACAGAUCGACAUCUCAGAUUCCAGAAAAGUUGAGCUAGCAAAACUGCUUCUAAGGUGUGAGGCAUUUGACCAUUUUGUUGGCCUCAAGUUUUCAACUGUGAAACGCUAUGGAGGUGAAGGUGGGGAGAGCAUGAUGGGAUGUUUUGACGAAGUUUUUAAAAAAUGUGCUCAGUAUGAUGUUAAAGAUGUUGUCAUCUGUAUGCCUCACAGAGGUCGACUUAACUUCAUGACCUGCUUGUUAAACUUUCCACCUGUUAUCAUGUUCAGAAAGAUGAAAGGACUGUCAGAGAUCCCAGCCGGAGCAAAAAGUGUGGGAGAUGUGUUGUCACAUUUGUAUACAUCAGUUGAUCUGCCAUACGAUGGGAAGCAAGUCCAUGUCUCACUCAUUCCUAAUCCUUCACAUCUAGAGGCUAAUAAUCCUGUAGCUGUUGGUAAGGCAAGAUCUAAACUCCAAACUGGCAAGUUGGGAGACUACAGCUGUAAACCUGGGGCCUUACCUGGCGAUGGAGUUCUGUGCUUACAAGUGCAUGGAGAUGCUAGUUUUGUUGGCCAGGGUGUUGUGGCAGAAACUUUCUGUUUUGCAAACACCCCACAUUUUGAGACGGGAGGCAGCAUCCACCUCAUCGUCAACAACCAGGUGGGAUUUACCACGGAGGCUGAGAGAGGAAGAUCUUCUCAGUACUGCAGUGAUAUAGCAAAGGUGAAUGGAUACCCUGUCAUACAUGUCAAUGGAGAUAAUCCAGAGGAUGUGAUUAAGGCAACAUCAUUAGCAAUGGAAUAUCGCCAUAAAUUCCGUCGGGAUGUAAUUAUAGAUUACCUUUGCUAUCGCAAGUGGGGUCACAAUGAGUUGGAUGAGCCAAUGUUUACACAGCCCAACAUGUACAAGGUCAUCAACAGCAGGAAAAGUAUUCCAGAGAACUACGCCCAGUCUCUUGUGCAAUCAGGAAUAUGCAGUGAAGAGUCAUUAAAAGAAACUGUUAAUUCUUGGAACUCUGUUCUACAAGAGAACUUAGACCAAGUGCCUUCACAUCAAACCAAGCCAUUUCAUCUCCAAGGUCACUGGUCAUCUCUGGUCCAGGCAAGUGACAACAUCACUGUCUGGGACACCGGCGUCAAUGCUGAUGUUCUCAAAUUUGUGGGGGCUAAAUCUGUAGCCGUGCCUGAAGAUUUGAAUGUCCACCCAACCAUCAAGAAGACCCACAUAGACAGAAGGCUACAGAGACUGACUGAAGGAGUGGACUUGGACUGGGCCACUUGUGAGGCUUUAGCCAUUGGCUCCCUGCUCCAUCAAGGCUAUGGUGUAAGAAUAAGUGGACAAGAUGUCGGCCGAGGCACCUUUAGCCACAGACAUUGUAUGAUUGUUGACCAGUUGACUGACCACAUCUACAUUCCUCUCAACAAACUCUCGGACACACAGACAGCAUUCUUUGAGGUAGCCAACAGUGCCCUAUCAGAAGAAGGCGUGCUGGGGUUUGAGUAUGGCUUCAGCAUAGACAACCCUCGGACUCUGGUCAUCUGGGAGGCCCAGUUUGGUGACUUCUUCAACGCCGCCCAGACCAUCAUAGACACCUAUGUCACCUGCGGGGAGUUGAAGUGGCUGUUACAGUCAGGCCUAGUCAUGUUGUUACCUCAUGGGAUGGACGGUGCUGGACCAGAACAUUCCUCUUGCAGGAUUGAAAGGUUUCUACUGCAAUGUGAUAGCAAGGAGGACAAGGUGGAUGGUGAUGAUGUCAAUAUACAAAUAGUUAACCCUACAACUCCUGCCCAGUACUUCCAUCUACUCAGGAGACAGAUGCUGCGGAACUUCCGCAAGCCAUUGAUAGUUGCGGCCCCUAAAACAGUCCUGCGCCUGCCUGCGGCCACGUCCACCCUGCCUGACAUGCAGCCCGGCACACACUUCCUGCCUGUGUUGUCUGACCCUGGCGUGUCCCCCGCUGAUGUCACGCGUGUCGUCUUCUGCUCUGGUAAACAUUACUACGCUCUGGUCACGGAGAGGGAGUCCAGGGGAGCUAAGCAUGUUGCUUUUGUUAGACUUGAGAGCCUUUGUCCCUUCCCUGCUGGAGAGCUACAGGAAGUCUUGAAAACUUACCCCAAAGCUAAAGAGUUCAUCUGGAGUCAGGAGGAGCACAGAAAUAUGGGUGCAUGGAGUUUUGUCAACCCAAGAUUUAGGAAUCUCAUUGGUUGUAAUCUCAAGUAUGCUGGGAGAGAAAUAUUGGGAAUUCCCGCAGUUGGUAUUGGUGAACUUCACAAACAAGAAAUUGUGGAUAUAAUGAACCAGACGUUUUCAUGAUGGGCAGCAGAAAUAGGUUGUGGCUAAAUACCCCAGUUACUUUUUUUUUGUAUUAAUUUGCUUGUGUGAUUAGAAGUCUCUUUUAAUUUCAGCCUGUUUGAUUUGUGGAAAGGUAGUUUUUUUACUGUAGUUAGUAUUUUGCAUUUGAGUGGUUUUAGUAUUCUGCAUUUAUCUGAGGUUUUAGAGUAUUUCUACAAGUUUCACAGUAUUUCUAGUCUAAAAGACAUUUUAAAACUACUAACACCUAUUUUAUAUCCAUAAAACUUAACUACCUUUUGUUUAACUUGUUCUUUUCUGAUUUUUCUAAAAUAACUUUGUUAAAUUGAUGUCAUAUUAAUUGUAGGAUUUUUUGUACAUUUUAUUUAUAAACAAUUGGCCAAAAAGAGUACAACGAAGCUUACAUUUGCUAACAAUUAUUAAGAGGUGUAUUGAUGCACUUAUUUCUGUGUUUGAGCAGAACCUGAUAUAAAAGAUCAUUUAGAUAAUAUUUUAGUAGUAUACGGAACUGAAACUCAGGACUUUAAAUUGGUGUUACGUUAGUGUUUUUAUACUGUUAAUAUGAGUCAUUUUGUCUCAUUCAAACAUGGGUAACUGUGUUUUCUAUAGUCGUCCUACUCUCCCCUCAAUCUUAUCAUAAGUUUGAUCCGCUUAUACUAAAAUUAUUCAAGGCACUGAAGAAAUUAAGAAAAUAUUUUUUAAAUAAAUUUUAAGUAUUUUUUGCACAAAAUUUGCUGCUAAGUGUCUAUAAUAUAUUUCAAGCAUAACCAGAGCAAGUUAACAUUUAUUUUUCUUCUUAAUGUUAUUACCUCCCUUGCAUUUAAUACACUCUCUAGUCACAAAGUCUCAUCUAAUUUUCGCUUAGUAAAAUGAGCUGAAUUUUUUUUUAAUAAAGUUACCUACCUUUAUACAUUACUGAAUUAGUUUUUAAAUUAAAAUAAAUGUAAAAAAAACACCCUGUAUACAUUUUGUAUGUAAGCUAUUUUUUUUAGACCUUUUAACAGGUUGUAAAAAAAAAGUCAUUGAAAACUAACUUUAAAUAUUUUCAAGUAAGUUCAGCAGAUGUGUUGCUGAUCAAUGACUAAAACCUUUUUGAGAGAUUUUAAUUCUUUUUUUAACCAACAGUUAUGCACAUUAAUACAUGAUGUUCAAACCAUUGCCAAAAUGUAUUCUUUUUAAAACAUUUUUUUUUUAGAUCUGUUGUAUUCCAUUUUGUCAAUAUCUAUUAUAGUAAUGUUAAAUAAAUUGUUUUCCCACAUUGAAAAUGUCAUGAUGGAAAUCUAUUAGUGCUUUUGCUGUGAAUCUCUUUUAAGGUUUGAUUGUCAAAUUUUUUCUUAUGCAAUUAAUUUUUUUAAAUUAAUUUUUCUAAUUAAUGUUUGAUUGGUAAAGGUCAAUGAUUUUAAAACAAUCGCCUCUUGAAGAAGACAGAAUUUUAUCAAGUGCAAUUUAUCAUAAAAUUAUUAUAUUAAUUACUUAUUGAGUUACUUAAAGUUGUUUUUUUUUAUAUUAAUGCAUGCUAAUUACAUUUGUAUCUCUAAAUUUACAUAUUGCUUAUAUAAACAGAUGUUUAAGUUUUCCUGGACAAUGUCAUUUAUUAAACUGGUUACUUUUCUAUGAUAUUAUAAACAAGAAAUGUCAUGUGACUGAAUUUACAAUGUAUUAAGGGGUGUCAUGUGACUUUGUUUACUAUGUAUUUUUAUGACUACUAUAAUGUCUACCACUGGAUUUGAUAGCUGUUGAUAAUAAAAAUAGAAUGUUGAUUAAA